AUGGCAUCGCCUAGAAAAUUCCAUCUCUUCAACUGCGACCGUGUUUAUAAGCUUGAUUCCAUCGAACAUUUGUUGUUGACAACGACAAGGAAUCUUGGCAAUGAGAUAUCUGUGAAGCAACACUAUUUCACAGUUUCCGAGAUAACCGAGUUCAGCGAUCAAACGAUUCCCACACUGGAGAUGGAUGCUGCCAUUUUAGCUGUCAAUGCAAACGAAUCUCGACUCUCCAUCAACGAAAACACAGAGGGAGGCUACACGAAGGUUUACAGAGCUUUGCUUCAAGCGACAGGUAAAGCGAAAAGCACGAUAAGAGUUUAAUUCUUAGAAUUAUUUUUUCAAAAAGUCUUCAGCAAGUCAUAUUGGCAUAGUUUCUGUAAAAUACACACACUAGGGUUUCCUAAAUUUUUAUACCAGAUAUUUUUCAGGUACCAUUGCGUUCUUCACCUUUGUAAUGUGGCACAUUGAUUUGUCAAUGAAUAUCAAUGUUAAGUGUUUUGAAAUUUAGACGGUCCGCGCCACGAAAUUUAUGUUAUUGACAAACAGAACAUAGCGUUAUCUUCAACCUUUCCUCAAUUGUUUUACGUACAUGCUUUUUAACGACAAUAUUGGCCACACUAUGUCUUUGACAGGAUUCGCUUGUGUUUCAUGAUACGAACACUGCGGUAUACAAAUAGUAUUCUAAAUAUAGAUUUCAAUUAAAUAUUUUGAAAACUUUGGUUAAAAAAAUUGGAGGAAGCUGUGACGGCUGUGUUCGCAGGUUGCCGUAAGUAAGUUCUAGCGAUUAAAAUAUUGACCAACAAAUGAUACAAAUAAAAGUUUUGCCGUGUCAGAUAUUAUGAAAGUUGUGCAACAAAUGCAGAAUCAUUUGACCUUACUUUCGAUAUUUGUGAUUCCUACCUCUUUCUUAACCUAAUGAUUCGUGAUCCAUAUGCAACUUUUUUCAAAAUUCAUAACUCAUGUUUUCGCUAUAUCACACCAUUUACGAUUUCUAAGUUUUAAACACUUAAUAAAUUUACCAUUCUCUCUAAUUUGACCGCGUUGACUUAUGAUUCCGCUUCCGAACACGCAGAUUUUAACAACAGGGCCGGAUUGGAACAGUAGCGUGACCACGAAAGUCACGUUUCUGACGAGCGAGCAAGACUUAAUUCAUUACAAGGCCAUUUUAAUAAAAUUAUGUGAUUUUUUCAAUUUUUUCUUGUCAAUUAGACGGAAACGUGAUUAUUGUUAUCGGUGGGGAUGACAAUUACAGGAACGAAGAGGAAGAGGAAAGAGCCGUAGUCUCGCGUUGGGCAAGAAUGAAGGUACGUUCCCAGUUAAAGGAGGAAUUCCUCGACGGACGAAGAAGUUUCAUCUUUUCAUGGAACAGGAAACACAGAGAAAUUCACGAGCAAGCAUUGAAACACUUCUUUGAUCAAAGCAAGAAAGGACAAAAGUUUGAGUAUGAGCCACCAGGGCAUUCCGAGCUUUCUUUAAGAGAUCAAACAGCUCCGCCAGCACGAGAUACAGAACCAGCGCACCAGCUCAAGCUUCAACGCUCCGCCACCCUUCCCGAAGGGAGAAGUAGACAAGAAAUAAAAGACCGGUGGGAUCAGCCAAGUUUCUUGCAAAAAGAUUACACAGUGACAAGGCAAAGAAGUGUGGAUUUUCACGCUAGUCAGCAACCUAAGCUGAACGUACACCUCGAUCCUCUUGCGGCAACCGCUGUUUCAGCUUCGGAUUAUGGAUGCUCAUCACUAGGGGACCGAUCUGAACAGAGCAGAGUGCAAAGGGAUACUACCACGAAGGAAACACGUCUGGUCAAAGGUGAGAACUACUACGACAGAUUACAUUUAAAAAAAAAAUGAACGAGAAUCAUGAUCAAGACAGUUACAAUAGCCACAAAAUAAGUAUUAAUACCAGAACAAAGAUAACAAAAACGAAGCUGUCAAAAGAAACAACAAUUACAACAACAACGCUAGCACCACGAGACAUUGACAAUAUUAACCACAACAGAGGAAAUUCCACUUGAGCCAAAAAUGACCGAUGGCGAUGUCAGCAAUGGCAUCUAAAACCAUGCUCAAGAAAAACCAAAAAAGAUUGCGAAAAUAAUUUGAACUAUUUAAAUCCAUUAUGACAUGAACAUCAGUAAAGCUUUGUAAGAUAGUGGUGGCAAUUUCUUAGAUACCUUCUAGAGGUUUACAACCUUUUCUCCUUUUAAUUCUUGACCCUAAAAAUAACGUCAAACACAAAAAGAUGUGGCUGCAUAUUCUGAAUUGGCACUAUUACACAACAAACCGCAACAGCUCUCAGUACGAAGAGAUACCACCAUAUAAGGGGAACGUGAAGUACAAGGUAAGAACAACGGGACUCUCUGAAAAAAGACAAUACUGGACACCAAUGAACGACCACUACGAGAGCAAUAUGUACCUUUACAACGACUUCAACAAAAGCAACAAUAAGUCCUAAAGACGCUGUUUCAUUGGUGUCUCGUAGUCUUUAUAUCACGAUUUUUAACCUUAUCAAUCAAUUUUUAAUCCUGACUCGAUAGCAGCUUUCUUUGUGAACUUCAUAUAUUUUUACAUAUAAAAUGAUACUAGGUUCCUUUGAGUCGUACAUGCAUGGUUACAGCAAGUGCCAGAAACCCAAACAACGCACUUUGUGGUGGAAGUGCGAACAGCGAAAUGAAGCAUUUAGGCAAGUAUUUGAAAGUUUAGCAUUUAUUUAAGUGCUGGAAGUGCGAACAACGAAGUGAAGCUUAUAGGCAUGUACUAAUUUAACGUUCAAGUUAAUAUAACUAGACUAGUGGAAGUGCAAACGCGGAAUUGAGGCUUUUUUUCAAGUAUUUCAAGUUUAGCAUUUAUUUGACUAAAACUGAUUGAUCUUUUAAAAAUAAGUGUUGUAAAAUGGUUUUGGGUUGUGCAAAACGAAGUUUUAAUUACUGUUUGCUUUUAUUCUCUAGACUUAGUAGUCCUUGGCUGUGAUGUGUCACCGGCAACAAUCCAGGCUGUGAAAUCAGUACUCGAUGACCUUUAUCGUAGGAUAAGGCUGCCAGAAUGUCCCCAAGUGGAACGUUAUUCAUUAGCUGACAUCAAAUCAUACUUAGCGAGAUGCACUCCUAGGUUUUGUAUUCUAGUGGUGGAUACAGAUACGUCUCAUGAAUACCAGCAGCCUGAGUUGGAAGAAAUUCUCAGGACAGCAGCUGAUGUUGUUGGUAAGAGGAUCUGUUGCAGUAGCCUGUUUAUAAAAGUUUAGAGAAUCAUUUCUUUGUAGUUGAAAUAUUUUAGUGUAGCAAAUACUCGCAAUAGCAAAUACUCACAAUAGCAAAUGUGUAGAUGAAAUAAACUACUUGAGAACAUCAUCCAAUAAUUAAAAAAGGCCAAUAGACACGCUUAGUGAGCUGUCAGUCUCUAACUUUCGUCAUGCUUUUACACUUAACUAGCGAAUCACGCUAAACUACGCAGAGCGGAGUUCGCAUACUAAGUAGAUACCUUGGCGAUGUUUACGCUUCACAAAAUGACUUUCUACCUUAAGUUUCUUAGUCUUACGGUCAAGGUCGAGCGAAACAAAAACAAGAUUGAUAAUAUAAAAAUUAUAAUAAACUUACGAACAGAAUUGAAAUCAUACUUGAAGAGAUAUCUAAAGAGAAAAUAGCCCUUGAAGACUGCUACAUAUCGGCAGAAUAAACAGAAAAAUUCGGAGAAGAAAGGGCGUACCUAAGGUACCGCCCCUAAAAGAGCUACGUGCUAGCCGUAUAAGUUAUUUGAUUACAAAUUCAGUGCGGAAGAUGAAAAGUACUGUAUGUUUACACCUUAAGUCACCUCUAAGAAAAAGAGUUGUCGAACGUGCUAAAUUCAAGUUUAAACACUAUUUUCCGAAUCGGGAAUUCGACAUGGAUUUAGCCUAAAAACGAGAGUAUUAAAGAGGUAAAGGUAUAAAGGAGGGUUGUUUCCAGGAAAUUCCUGCACGGGAUCAAUUUUUAUGGGGUCACCUUUACAAGCGGUGACCCACACUUUCCGAGGGAGAUCAGAUCUAGUAUCCGUUGUAAUAACUUGCGUAAUAAAAGAGAGAAUAAAAGAAAUAGUCAACUGAACUACGAGUGAAAAUAACUUCUAACAAAUUUUAAAGCAGGGAUCAUAGUGAGCUACAAUAUUUAAAAAUAACUUUUCAAUAGCAGAUAAGGUAGAGUCAUUUUCUUAGUAAUUAGUCAUCUUUAAACAACAUAAUGGAAAUAUACUGAUAUCUGGCCGCAAACCGCAAUUUACGCAAAAACAUCUGUCUCCAUGUCAAAUUCACGAUCAUAAUAAGGAAAAGGUGACCAAACUCUACUGUAAGAUGAGACCGCCAAAAGGAAUAAGAAAUGAUCAACUGGCUUGUUACAUGUUUACUGAAUAGGUUAUGCUAAUAUAUUAUUUCCAUUUAUUUUCACGUUCAAAUAAGUCAAAAAUCAUUCAUAAUGAAAAUUCUUCCUAGAUGCCAAUUUUGUCUUUUAACAAAUUUGUGGCCAUAUCUGAAACGAAAAUGAAAAUAACUUACAAAUCACGGCAUCCACACAUUGGUCAUGUACUACACCUAGUCUUAAAUACUAUUUCUUCGGGCAAUUAACAAGAAGAUGGUAAUAAAAUAUAACAAUUUGUUUCAAUUUGCAGUUGAAAAGGUUAUCUUCACGAUUUGCAAUCGAAGUCCUGCUCCAACUGGAGCGGAAGAUAAAUUUGUAAAAAACGUUGAGCGAAUGCUUAAAGCGGAAAGAAAGGGCCUUGUCGUUUGGUUGGAGGAUGGAAAACUGAAUGUGGAACCCGAUGUCUUGAUACAAUUAAUGCUUGGAGCCCCAAUAGCGGCAAAGAACAGACAAGGACAGCUGAGCCACUCAGAAGAAUCCCUCAGACCGACCAAUGCUGCUUCAAGUUUUUCAUCUGACAGGAGACUGCUUCAAGAGACACCAAAGCACAUGGGGGAGUUUUCAUCACAAGAAGUGCGUCAUAAUCCUACAUCUUAUGGAGGAGAAUGCACGGAUUCCAGCGAUGUUCUCGUGCUCAAAACACGAAUCCGUCAAGGGAUAAUAUCGUAUGCUACCGAGGAUCUUGUGUUUCGUUCUCCUGAUUUUGUAAUUCCCAAACAUAUAGAGGAAAGUUUGAGGUGCAAAUAUUCAACGACAGCAAACGGAGUGCUAAGCAUCUAUUCCAACACGGAAGGCAAAUUACGAACCACCGUACAAACUGAUAGAGCAGCCACUUGUUUGAUUAUUUAAUGGACAGAUCAACACAACCUCUUCAUCAUACUUAAACAAAGUGAAUAUUAUGGAGGCCUUUUCUCUUAUUAGUAAAUCAUAGAACGUAAACAGUCUUUAAAUUCACGUGUCACGCAACAUGCGGACAUUUCAACUUGAGAUUUUGUAUGGAAGAAUAGAACAAGGUUAUGUACAUAACUCUGCAGAACAGUACAAAACACGGACGGAAAGCAAAAGCAAAGCGGAUCAAUAAAUUGCCGCACCUUAUGAUUCAAAUUCUUACUAUCUUACGUUCUUUAAGCUUGAUAACACGAACCUAGAAGCCAAAAUACUAGAAAACUAAACAAAAGCGAAAUGAUAACUUCCCAAUUCGAUGGGUUACCUUAUGAAACGAGCGAACAUUUUUCUCUUCGCUCGUAUUUUCCUCGACCUUACGUACAUUUCUCGGAAAAAGUACCAGUCAAUUUGCGCAAUGUCCGGGUUAAACCAUCGAAAAAGGUGUGAUUAUUAUUUUAGAUAUGCUUGCUGUAAAUGAAAUGAAGCGAAGUUCCCUGUUUGCUAGUCAUAAUUACAGAGCAUUGCAACCUCCGUGAGCUAUAACAUUCGGGUGAGUUGAAACAGAUUACGUUCGAGAUCUUAAAAUGACUAUGUGAAUCUAUAAAAUCCAUUAAUAUGUUUAAUCGUCUUUUAAAGAGAGUUUAAAACACUUUGAAAAUCAAAUAUUACACAAUAAAUUUCAAAGAAUGGUCGUGAGAUGACAUUCAAUGAUUGUCAGAACCAUUCGCAUUAAAAGC